CCCACACCGGGCCAGGCAGGGCCCCACCCCGCCCGGGGCUGUCCCACACGAGCCGCGGCCUCCCGGGAGCGGCGCUCGGGGAGGGCCAGGCCCGAGCCGGCUGCGGGCCCCUGCGGCCGGACGCGAUGCUUUCUCUACCUGUCAAAAGAAUGUGCUUCUGGCAAAGAGCCCGUCCACCCAGAUAGAAGGUGUCUUUGCUGCAACCACAGGAAGAUUGGUCCCAGAAGAGCAAGAAGCCCUUCUCCAGCAGUGGCUGAAGGAAGAAGUAGAGAAUUUGCCAGCCAGUGAGAGUGUUCCAGCAGCAAGAAAAGUAUCAGUUACACUCAGUAGUGCCUGGUUAGAAGGUUCAGAGCUAUUGAUGACCAGCCUCAGUGACCUGAAUACAUCUCCAGAAGUCACCCAGUGUGCUGAUCAGCAGCUCUCGGAGCUAAACGCCUUGGCUUCUUCAGAAUUGCAAGAUCAUGCAGUGGCUGAACUGGCAAGAUUACCAGCAGAGGAAACAGUGACUGUAGCAGGCAGUGCCCCUUGGGCAGCUGUGGUGCCACAGACAGAUCACCAGACAGCUGGCUGUGCUGAUAUCAAUGUGGAAGUGCUGAAUGAUGACCCAGCUGUGCUGGCCUGGAGUUUAGCAUGUGAUGCAGAGACAGUGCCACCUGUGCUCCCAGGCCAGCCCAUUCAGGAUGCAGUGCAGUUUUAUCCUGUCCCAACAGAGCUGCCCUACCAUGAGAUCUUAUGGAGAGACUGGGAGGAUCUUUCUGUCCAGCCCUGUGUCUUAGAGCAGGUCUCAAAAAACACUUCUCUCUUUGAAUUUCGAGUCAUGUCUUACAACAUCCUUGCCCAGGACCUGGUGGAGCAGGGCCUUGAUCUCUAUGUACACUGUCAUCCAGACAUCCUGAACUGGAACUACCGCCUUCCAAACCUUUUGCAGGAGAUCCAGCAUUGGGAUCCUGACGUUCUGUGUCUCCAGGAGGUGCAAGAGAACCAUUACUGGGAGCAACUGGAACCAACGUUCAAGGAGAUGGGGUUUGCAUGCUUCUAUAAACGGAGAACUGGGACAAAGACAGAUGGAUGUGCAGUGUGCUACAAGCACAGCAGGUUCCAGCUGAUCAGCCUCAGCCCUGUGGAAUACUUCCGGCCUGGCCUGGACGUCCUCAACCGGGAUAAUGUGGGCUUGGUGCUGCUGCUGCAGCCUGUGCUCCCAGAGGAACUAGGGCUGAAGGCAGUCAGCCCUUUGUGUGUGGCCAACACUCAUGUGUUGUUCAAUCCCCGUCGAGGAGAUAUCAAACUGGCCCAGGUGGCCUUGCUGCUAGCAGAGAUUGACAAAAUUGCAAGAACUACUGAAGGCAGCUACUAUCCUGUCAUCUUGUGUGGAGACCUGAACUCUGUACCUGAUUCUCCACUGUACAAAUUCAUCCGAAAUGGUGAACUUUCCUACCAUGGAAUGCCAGCCUGGAAGGUGUCUGGUCAGGAGCACUUUUCCCAACAAUUGUAUCCGCGGAAACUGCAGGCCCCGCUGUGGCCAAGCUCCCUGGGUGUAACAGACAAGUGCCAGUAUGUCGCCCUGUGCCAGCCAAAGAAACUUGGGAGACGUGAAUACAGCCGUGACUUCCUGCUGCAGUUCCGCUUUUGUGAUGUUGCCUGUGAACGACCACCACAGCUGGUCCUCUUGGAAGGUGUGACAGAUGCUAAACCAGACCGCCCUGCACAUUGGCCCAAGCCUGCUGCCAUGGUGAAAGACUGUGAUCCCCAGCCAUUCAUCCCAAGGUGUUCAGGUGUUAUCCAGCAUGGCCUCAACCUGACCUCUGUCUACAGCCACUUCUUGCCACACCGGGGACGCCCAGAGGUCACGACGAUGCCCAUGGGGCUUGGAGCCACUGUGGAUUACAUUUUCUACUCAGCAGAGCCUGUGGAGGACAAGGCGGGUCGCAGGCUGUACAAGGAUGGAGCCCUGAAGCUGCUUGGCCGUCUUUCUCUUCUCUCUGAAGAUGUCCUCUUGAUGGCAAAUGGCUUACCAAAUCCUUUUUGUUCAUCUGAUCAUCUCUGCCUGCUGGCUAGCUUUGGCUUGGAGAUCUCCAGCCUCUGAGGGAGUUAGUGUUGGUUCCCUUUCCCCAAUGAAAAGCUGUUCUUGAUACAGCAGUUAAGGCUCUGGAUUGCACAACCUGCUUGCAAGAAAACCCUUUUCCUUGUCAUGCCCUAAAAGUCCUUUUCUCACCUCACACCCUCACUAAAAGCAGGGAUGGGAGAGUUAGAGCUCUUAUUGCAUUGAUAUUUUCUGCAUCUCUGCAAACCUGAACUGUGUUCCCAGUGGGCUGCCAGAUGUUUUCAGGCAUUAGCAUCUCUUAAAGGGAUCCUUGUUUCACUGCCUUGUUUAGGAAGUGUUUUUGUGCUGCAGGAACCAACAUAACUCCCAUGUUUGUUUGUCCCUGUGUGAGAUUUUCAAGGAGCGGAAAAAAGAGGGGCAAUGCUCUCUGCUUUUGGUUAGUUUAAUUGCUACCAAGGAGCAUGGGAUGUAUAUGCCAAUACUCUUUCACACCAAAACAAUAGUUCUUUUAAUUUCUCAGUAGUAGUUCAGUACUUUCAGGGCUAGUUGUUGCUUUGCCUUUUAGAUUGGAUCUGCUUACUGCUUAUAAAUGUCUUUUACUUAAUGAUCUGUAAGGGCUGACUUGCUGACAGAAAGGUUUGUGUGGUGUAACAGUUUUUACAAGAAACUGCUUGCUGUGACUGAUGGACCAGGGAAUGGGAUUGCCAGGAAUAGAGCCAGGGGUCCUACAGAGCCACCCACAGCAGCUCUAGAGCAAAAGACUAGAGGCCUUGGGGAUGGCUUCUUUCCUUUCUAGCAGUCUCAGAAUGGUACCUAAUUUGUAAUUUUUAGCAAAAAUAUUUAGGAUCAUCCCAGUGAAUAUCCUGUGGAAAUAACUACCUUGUAAGGCAUGACAACACUAGAAGGCUAACUGUGAUAACUGUGGUUAUCCCAAAAGAGAGAUGAAAAUGGAAGGCAUGUGAGAGUCAGCAGAGCCAUCAGAUGGAAGAGCUGUUCUUGUCACUUGCCCUGUUCUUUUUCUCUGUGCACUCCCUAUUGCAUUCAGCCUGCCAGGGGUCAGUAGCCAACCUGUAGCAUCCAUUUGUGCCAGACUGAAGGUUAUGCUGCAUCCUUCUUCUGGACCCAGCCAUGUUUAGGUGUAGAUAGAACCCUUAGGAUCAACUCCUGUCUCUUGACAUGUGUUGGGAGGAAGGGGAAGGCUGUGUAACUUGGAGCCAGACUGCAGUCACUUGGAUCCCAGCGUACCUUUGGUGUCCUGUUGGUGUGCUUUUGUAAGCGAUGGCUUGGCCAGUACAAAAGCAGUCAAGCUGCACCUGUUCCUAGAGUAAAUUCUCCAGUUCAGCCUGACAUUUGGUGCUCAGUUUUUCCCUAAGAGAUGGAACCAAUAUUGGCAGAAACAUCAUCAAUCUUCUGUUCACAAACAAGGCAGGAAAUCCGGUCCCACCUCAGGUUUUUGCCUGAGGAAGGUAUGGGAGACUUGAAACAUUGUUUGUUCUUCAUGGUCUGUAUUGAGGGACUUUGAUAUUUUAAAUGUUACUUUCUUUAUUGAAAAAUAAAAUCCUGCUAAUUUAAGAAAAUAUCACAAGUAACUGUGGCACCUUGUAUUUUUGGCAGUUGUACCUCUGAAGACUUCUGGACAAGGCUUUGCUGGCUGCAAGGUGAAAGAGGGCAAAUUUGCUACAUAAGGGAGUAAUGAGCGUUGAAGAGAGGGAAGAAAUAAGCCUUGUUUAAUCUCCCUAAAACCCAGAGGUGGCCUCUUUGGCGUUGGGUUUGUCUUGCCUUCUCCAUUCCUCACCUCACCCCCCCACCCCUAAAAAAAGAUUUGCUUUCAGGAA